AUGCAAACUGCAACUGCCUACCGUCCUCAUUCGCUUCCAACAUCCUUCCCGCUUCCUCGAAGCACCGGCGGCGCCAACACUUCGAUCUCAGCUGAAUUCCCUCCUUCCGACUUUAAAUCAUACCAGAGCCCAUCACAAAGCACAUUGUCCAACGUGAGCCUACGGGAAGGCGAAGCCCAAAAGCCGAAACCGACUUCUGCUUCUCCGGCCACCUCCAAGACUUCCCCGAAGCCCCGUCGGCCGCUUCGGGCAAGAAAGGCAGCCAUGAAACUGUCCCCGGUGGCCACCGAGCAGCUUCGGAAAUUGAUGGCACAGCCGGAGCCGAAGUUCAUUCGAGUCGGCGUCAAGAACCGCGGCUGCUCGGGCCUCGCCUAUCACCUCGAGUACGUCGAGAAGCCGGGAAAAUUCGAUGAGGUGGUUGAGCAGGAUGGCGUGAAGGUCUUGAUCGACAGCAAGGCUCUCUUCAGUAUUAUCGGCAGUGAAAUGGACUGGCAAGAAGACAAGCUGAGCAGACGAUUUGUUUUCCGCAACCCCAAUAUCAAGGAAGAAUGUGGCUGCGGCGAAUCUUUCAUGGUUUAA